AUGAUUGACGAGAGUUUGUUUUCUAAAGAUGCCAGUACUGGACCUCGUUGGCCCAAUCUGGAGAUUCUAGGGGUUGUGUUUCACCCAGCACAUUCGAAUGGAUCUUGGUAUUUUCACGGCCCGCAAGGCGAAGGUCGCAAUGUGAUGGGUUUUAAAGUCACUGAUGAACACUACCCGCCAUACGAAAAGACCGAGCUGGACGAGGAGAUGCAAUAUCUACAUGAUGAGAGGCCCAAUGGAAACACGGAUGACGGCAAUUCUCAGUAUCGCAUCACACCAGAUGAAAAUCGGUUGCGUCCGCUUCUGAAAAGCUUCGCGGAGGCCGCUAUCCAUAUACCAUUUUUGAAGUCAGCAUGCCUCUGGUCACCCCUGAACUGGUCUAAUGUUGAAGCUCCAGAAAUUGAUUUCGACAAAUAUACCAAGAAGGGACGUUGGUCAUACGUGUGGGGUGUCUGUCACAAUGCUCCCGAGGAAGAUAAUGAAUCUAAAUCAUCGCGUAGAUUGAAUUGGGUUGUGGGGUCGUGGCAUCUAGAUCCAGAGCUUCAUGUUCUAAUCCAAAGGAUUGGGGAUGGCAAAUAUGGACAAGAUCUGGAUGAAGAGUGCAUUCUUGGUAAAGGUAGCGAAAACCCAUUGAUAGAGAAAUAUGCAAGUGAUUGUUUCUUCUCGGAUGAAUUGCAGCGCAUUACUUUUCCGUACUAA